AUGCUCAACACUGCAUUAUCAAAACAAAUCUGAACCGUCGAUCCGUCGAAACCUCGAAACCGAUGGAAAAAAAUAAAGGGUUUUCUUUUCAGCUUCGGUGGAUUGAAUGAAUUGAAUCAAAUCAAAUUGAGUUGCUUUUAUGAGAAUAGAAUGGUCAAAAUGGUUAUCGAAAAUGAAUACGAAGAAACAAAUGGCGAUGAAGUGAACUACAAGCAAGAGUAUCGGAAGCUGAAAAGGAAGCUCAAGUUAUUAAUUUAUGAAAACGAAUGUUUCCAAGAAUCCUUACGAAGUAGCGAAAGGAAAUUUCUAUCUGCUACUCGAGAUCGUAAUUUCCUAUUAGAACGUCUCUCUGCGUAUGAGCCCGUUGACACUGGUACUAGUGACACUGAAGAAACCGCAGAAUCUUCAGAUGACGAGCAUUUAAGAACAAGUGCUAAACGCCGGAAAGUUGAAGCUGGUGGUUCUGCUCGUGGUUCUGGUUUAUCCACUCCACCAGGGAGCUCGAAAUCCGGUACUCCUGUUCGUAAGAAAAAAACUAGCGUAGCAGUCAGUAAAAGUGGAACAUCGAAGAUGAUGUCUUCAAUUCCACCUUUGCAAGUUACCCAGCGCAGUGUGAGUCAUGAUAUCAUCAAUGGGAACGGCGAAGGAUGCAUGACACCUGAGGAAGUUGAACGGCAUUUGGAAGCUAAAAAGAGACAGGUUUCUCUUACCCCUGAGAAAACAUCGUUGACAUUGCCGUCAGAAAUGUUCAGUAGUGAUAUUACACUAGAUAGGAAACCAAAUGAUUUAUAUGAAAUAGAAAGUUCUUCGAGUAACAUCGGAGAAGAUAUGCCCGUUGAUAUGAUUUAAGAUGCGUAGAUGGAUUCGAAAUUCAUUUCGAUUUCUAAUUCUAAAACGCAGCGUAUUUUUUUUCAAUUUUCUUUCUUCAUGAAAGUUACUAUUACGAUUACGACUAUGACAUUAAUUAACUAUUUUCCUCUAUUUUCGGAUUGAUAUGAAGACUGAAUAAUAACGGUCUUUGACUUGAAAAAAUUACGCGCCGAUGCAUGUAAAUCUUCAACUGAAGAAAAGUUCAAUAAAAUGUUAUAAUUUUUUUUUCAAUUACUUACUUAGUAUUAUAUUGAAACCAAAGUGGGUAAGUAUGCUUAUUGUAAAGUAGAAAUCUCAAAGUUGAUGAUAAAAUGUGAAUACUAUCUCAUAUUAUAUAAGGUGAAUGGACAAGCUCCAUUAGUAUUCAUGGUAAUUUUUAGUGUUUCAGUAUUAGUUCUGCGUUGAAAAAGUAGCUGUAUUCUUUAAUCUAAUUAUGGGACAAAAACAAUGUUUCGAUUAUUUUAAUUUAAUUGAUCUAUCUGUGUCACCUUUGAGAUUCAUCAACUGUUCUAAUUUAUUAAUGGCCGAAUAAAAUUCGUAUUUCCUUGACUA